AUGUGUUUGACUUUUAAAGAAUAUAAAAUAAUCACAUCUUACAAAACACAAUUCCGAAUCAAGGAGAGCAAUAAAUUACUAAAAACACACAGGUACAGUAUUGGUUUUGGCUGGUUCUAUGAUCUCGUCUCUGUACUUUCUCCCAGCUUUGCCAGUGUCUACCAUUUUUCUUCUAGUAAAAUUGGUCUACGUUUCUUGGCUGGCGGUGUCGGUAGCAUUCUUUGUACUGCAUUCUACUGUGCACUUUCUGAUAGGGUCAGCAACCACCGCACAAAAAGGAACAACGGCGUUAGACUUCCUGAAUAUCGUUUAACUUCCAAUUACAUUGGUCUUCCUUUCCUUCAUUUAGGUCAGCUUCUUUAUGGCUGA